UGUAUGCAUGUGAAUCAGUAUUGAUACAAAGUUGCUCAUUACAAUGUGCACCUUGGCCCUAACCGGCCACUGUAGUUGUCUAAAAACCGCAGUGCUGUGUGGGUAAUAUGCGGUUUGUGUUUUGAGAAAAGAGACUACAGUAGCUAGCUAUUCCCCUAUCGGCGUAUGAUUUUAAAAUACUAUGCCGACAGCCUAAUUUCAGUGUACAUACGACUUUGCACUUUUGUAAUUUGCCAGAUUGAACAAGAAUCGCCAUAAACCAGAGAACGAGGUCUUACCUGCUUUUAGCAUUGGUGCAAUUAAAAAAAAGGCUACAUAGCUAAUUUAGCUUUCAAAACGGAAAGAUAUACACCCAAGUUAAAAUAUCUAUUCUCUUUCUGAUUUAAUAUAUCAAAGUGUAAGAUUAACUAUUCAGUGUCUGUAAUGCACAAUAUUAGUAUUUUUUUCCCAGAAGUCAUAAAUGAAAUAAGAUAUCCUUUGUUGGCAAGCGCAACGCUAUUUGAAUUGAUUGAUUGAUUGACUGACGAGACGGGGAAGCAGUAAGGGGGGGAAAUGGAUGAAAGUGCCGAAAAUGUUGAUACCGACGACGUUGUCAUUAUUGUGGAAAACGAGGCUGAAAGUUUGCCAGCAGGAGAAGAGAGGCUAAAACCACAAGGGACCUUCGGACUAAUGGACACAUGCCCCAUCUGCAAGUUGAGUUUCCACAACAGAGAGCCCAAACUGCUGCCGUGUCUCCACUCCUUCUGCAAGAAAUGUCUGCCUGCCCCCUCCAGGAGUGCUGAUCCAAGGCGCCCUCCAGGUGACAACAACAAACCAAUUGGUGCAAUCCAAUGCCCAGUAUGCAGACAGGAAUGCUGGGAGAUGGAUGUCUUGGACAAUUUCUUUGUGAAGGACUCUGCCGAGGUUCCCAGCAGCACCGUCGAGAAAACCAGCCAGGUCUGUAUGAGCUGUGAUGACAACACAGAGGCAACAGGUUACUGUGUGGAGUGUGUGGAAUUUCUGUGUGUGACGUGCAUUGAGGCACACCAGAGGGUAAAGUUCACCAGAGACCACACCAUACGUCAGAAGGAGGAGAUGUCUCCAGAAGCGUUAGGCCUAUCCACACAGAGACCUGUCUUUUGUGACAUCCACAAACAGGAGCCGCUGAAGCUUUUUUGUGAGACGUGCGAUCGGCUCACCUGUCGAGACUGUCAACUCCUCAAGCACAAAGAUCACAACUACCAGUUUUUGGAGGAUGCAUACAGAAACCAUAAGCAGUACUUGGAGACCAUGACGCUGCAGUUGCAGGACAAAAGAAAGGCCAUUGGGGAUGUAUCAAGCUGUAUCACUACAGGACUGCAGCAAGUUGAGGAAAAUCGGAAGGCUGUAACAAAUGAAAUAAAGAAGUCCAUCUGUAACUUGAUUAUGGAGAUCAAUAAGAAGGGAAAGAUCCUGGUCAACCACCUUGAGGCUUUGACUAAAGACCACGAGCUGAGCUUAAAAAAGCAGCAGGAUGACGUCAACUCUCUGACCAGACAUCUGGACCAUGUCAUCAGCUUCACUAAAUGGGCCACGGCCAGCCACAGUGGAACAGCUCUGCUGUACUGCAAGAAACUGAUCCUUUACCAGAUCCAUUACCUGAUGAGAGCAAGCUGUAAUCCCUCCAUCAUUCCUCAGAGCACUGUUCGUUUCCAGUCUCGCUCUGGUUUCUGGGUCACAAAUGUAGAUCUCGGUUCUCUAAUAGUAGAAAGAGGUCCAGGGAGGCCGACAGUUGUCAACCCUCAGGCAGGUCCCAGAGCAGAGGCCCCCACUGGAGGUCUCUCCAUGCCAGCGCAGCAGCGACAGAACACUCUGGCUCAGCUCCAGAUGCAGGUUGACAAACUGUCCCAUCAGCCUCACAGGCAGCCCUCUCCUAACUACUGGUCCUGGUACCAAAAUGUCAGGCCUCCAGGACCUCCUGGCCCACCACCCCCAACCAGGCCUAUCCAUGGCGAGUCUUCCCCAUCCCAAGGCCCCGUUGGUUUAACACAGUUUGGGCGGAGGUACGGGACCACCCACCCUGACCCAAGAAGUCCCACAUCCUCCAUGCUUAACAGCACAGCCUUCCCACAUGCACAGUCUCUCAGAGAUCUGAUCCACAGCUCCAGUUUCCCUCCUAAACCCAUCGACGUAUCACAGGGAACUUCCCGCUACCCGCAGUCUCUAAACGCUGGAAUAGAUGCACAGACAUCACUGCACCAGAGAUGCCUACCAGAGUCCCCCCUCCUAAAGAGAAGUGAAGCUGGUGGAUCCGUCCCCUCCAUCACGAUCUCUAUCCACAAACCCGGCAUGGCUUCAAGUCUAGCCUCUGCAACUGCAGAUAAAACCAGCGCUCUUGGUCACAUGGCAGCUCAAAGGCGGCAAACCUCCCCAAUGGCAAAGCCGUCCUCCUCAGACAGAAGUACAGGGAUGACUUCUUGGAAGCAGACUACUGAGCCUCCAUCAGCCCCUGCUGUUAAGCGACGAAGGAGGUCAUCCCCCGGCCCCAUCAUCGUCAUCAAGGAUGAACCGGAGGAUGAAGACGAAGUCCAUUUUGUGCAGUCCAAUGUCGGGUCAAGCCUGCCAGACAGCAGCACCAGUGCUCAGUCAAAGCCCCGGCAGCAACAGAAGGUGCCUACGACAGCCCCAGUCCCCACAUCAGCCUCUGCAGGCCUUCAUCCUCAACCCCCAUCGCAGCCAGAGUCUGAAAAGAGAGUGGCGCCAGAAGAAGACCCUAAUGAGGACUGGUGCGCCGUCUGUCAGAACGGGGGAGAGCUGCUCUGCUGUGACAAGUGUCCCAAAGUCUUCCAUCUGGCUUGCCACAUUCCCACACUGAAUGAGUCCCCCAGUGGUGAGUGGUUCUGUUCCUUCUGCCGAGACCUGAUCUCCCCAGAGAUGGACUACGACCGUGACAGAAAGGACAGCCCAGUCUCAGAAACAUUCCCACCUGUUGAUAGAAGGAGAUGUGAGAGACUUCUACUGCGUCUGUUCUGUAAUGACUUCAGCACUGACUUCCAGCAGCCUGCAUCCCCGUCGGAAACUCGAAGGUACAAAGAACUAAUAAAGACCCCGAUGGAUUUGUCAGUAGUGAAAAAGAAGCUGGAGUCAAAGGACGGUGAAUGUUACAUCGAUCCUGAGGGGCUUGUUGCAGAUGUCAGACUCAUAUUUUUCAACUGUGCAAAGUACUACAAGGCAACCUCAGAAAUUGGGAGUGCAGGCUUGUACCUGGAGGACUAUUUUGAGGAGCAACUGAAGCUCAUUUACCCAGAUAGGAUCUUUCCCGGAGGGAGGGAGGAACAGAUGAUCCCACCUUUAGAGGAUGAGAUUGAUGAAGAAGAUGAGCAGAUGACGGUUGAAACUGCAGCUCCUGAUGAAGUUAAUAAGCCACAAAGUCCUUCAGAAAAAGGGAUCCUUCCAGUGGAGGACUUAGCUCCUCUGGAAGAAGCGGCGACCCAAGCAGAGAGCGAGAAAUCUGAAACAGAAAAGAGUGAAAAGGAGACAGGUGAAGUUGUGGCAGCCAUUGAGGAAAAUAGCCCUGCAGAGGAGCUAAAGCAAAAUGAGACUGCUCCUGCCACACAGGUGGAAACCAGCACAUCUGCUGAUGUUGAAACUAAAGAUGGAGUAGCUCCCAGCUCCCCAAAAGUAGAGAACCCUCCGCUCUCUACAGACGAGAACAUGGACCCUCCUCUGACUAAGGAGAAACCGACUCCUGCAGAUGUGGCUGUAUGGGAAGAAGGAUAGAGGGAUUACAGCUGAGUGGAGAAGCAACAGAUGGAGUAUCUCAGUCUUCCACAGAAGUGUCCCCAGUGGGGAUCAACAUUUGCUGCAAUCACAUCAUUUUUGUAUCAUGCUAGUUGUAAUGGGACGAAGUGAAAUUGCUGCACUGAAGAGACUCAGUGGUUAUGCUGUUAAUGCACAUUUAAAAGAGUAAAUAGACUCUUUCUGAACUAUGUUUUUUUUAUUUUUGUUUAGUGAAAAGCGCACAAAACAUGUUCUGUGUUGAGGAUGUUUAAGUUGACAGUCACCUUGCUUAUCACUUGUACAUAAUACUGUAAAUUGAAAUCACAGAUUCUGUGAUCUGAUUAAGGAAAACAAACUUUGGAUCAAAAAUGCAUGCAAAAUGCUUACAUAUGAAUUAUAAGGCCUCUCUUUUGUGAUAUAAGUUCUAAAUCUUAGCAAUUUUGUUCAGAGACUAAUUCUGUUAGAAUUCAGUAGUAUUUCUUUUUCUUUUAUUAACGAUGGUAUUAAUAGUCAACAUAUAUGGCUGAGAAGUACUGUAUAUUUUGUACAAAUAGGAAGUGCCAUGUAUAUUGGUGCAACAUUGACUUCAGUAAUAUCUUAAGAAAGUGAUGUUUGAGAAUUGUGCUACUUGGUUAUUUGCCUCUCAUCCUGGUUGCCAGUUGAAAGCCACUUAUCUCCCAAAUCCCUCAAAAAAGUUGUUACGGAGAAGCCUUGUUUUAGUCAAAAGAGCAAUUGUUCCUUUUAUUAACUUGACUGUUAUCAAUCCCAGAUAAUUCAGACAGGAAAAUCAUUUUCUGAAUAAUCAUCAUUUCUCAUCAUCAUCUGUUUUCCUAUUUGUGACCUUGCUUACUGUAACAUGAUAAGAUGUUGCUAAAAAUUAAACACACAGAAACUUGCAUCAAUUAAUAUGUAAACACGGCUAUUUAUAUUUUGUUAAGUGAAGAUACACAAGAGCUCAAAGUUAACACUAGAAACAUUGCUGAGCACAGUAAACAAAAUUUACAAUAUUUGUAAUAAACAGGAUUACAUGUU